CACGUGAAACCCGUUCAACUUCCUUUUCAGGGUCAACCACAAAUCAGAACAAUGGCCGAGAAAGAGAAAACACCGCCACAGUCCGUGCAAGUGUUCGGCAGAAAGAAAACAGCUACAGCUGUUGCCCACUGCAAGCAAGGCAAUGGACUUUUGAAGGUCAAUGGUCAUCCUCUGGAGCUUGUCCAGCCCCAGGCCCUUCAGUCAAAGCUCCUUGAGCCUGUGUAUCUUCUUGGCAAGGAUCGCUUUGCUGGUGUUGACAUCAGGGUUCGAGUCAAGGGAGGAGGACGUGUAGCACAGAUCUAUGCUAUCAGGCAAGCCAUCUCCAAGUCUCUUGUUGCCUAUUACCAAAAAUUCGUUGAUGAAGCAUCCAAGAAAGAGAUCAAGGACAUCCUCAUCCAAUACGACCGAUCACUCCUCGUCGCCGACCCCAGGCGCUGCGAGCCCAAGAAAUUUGGCGGUCCAGGACCCCGUGCCCGCUACCAGAAAUCCUACCGUUAAGACCAGGAAGGAUGGCUGUGGUGAUACUGGUACCAUAGGGGGGACAUUGAUCCAAGAUCUUGUCAUCGAGGUCUUGGUCUACGGACACACUCAUCGGCUGUGGGGGGUUUCAUGUGCUAUUUGCUCAUGACAGCAAUUGUGGUUGCAUCGUUAGACGACAUCAAGGAAUAAAUACAAUAUGUAAAUUCA